GUAUUAUUGUUGACAAAAUGACUGUAUUGGUUACCAUAAAGAUCAGCGGCGGUGAAACAUUUAACCUUGAGGUCGAUCCAGCCAUGACGGUGUUACAACUUAAGGAAAAGUGCGCAACCUCUGCAAACGCCACUCCAGAUAAACAGCGACUUAUAUUCAAAGGUCGUAUAAUAAAGGAUGAUGAAAUACUCAGUAAUUUGAACAUUGAAAGUGGGAAUACAAUUCAUCUUGUGAGAAGCGGUGUAAAAUCUACACCUUCAACUGCAUCUGCACAGCAAUCCGAACCAGAAAAGCCAGCCUCUCAACCUCAAUCUACACAAGGGGCGUCUACUUCAACACCAUUCCCACCAGAUUUUAUGUCACAGAUGUUCCAAGGUGGAGUGGGUGGUAUGCCUGGCAUGAAUCCAGGCAUGGCUGGAUUUCCAGAAUUAAAUCCACAAAGUGCCGCUGCUCUCUUGAAUACACCUGUUAUUCAAGAGAUGCUUGCACAAAUUAGUUCAAAUCCCCAGUUGUUAAGGUCUCUUGUGGAAAGUAGCCCGCUAUUACAGCCAAUGAUGGCUCAGAACCAAAUGUUUAAUCAAAUGCUUAACAAUCCUGAACUUUUAAGAACAAUGAUGAGGCCUGGAAUGUUACAAGCUGGACUUCAAAUGCAUCAAGCUAUGCAAGAACAACAACAGAGGAGUCAGGGAGACCAAAAUUCUCAACAGAAUGAUAUGUUCAACCCGUUCCUUUCCCAAGGAUUUCCAGGUUUUACAUUCCCAACUCCUCAGAUGGAUACCAGACAACCAGAGGAAAGAUUUGCAACACAGCUUCAAUCAUUACAAGAGAUGGGAUUUACGAAUCGUGAGGCAAACAUUGAGGCCCUUACUGCUGUUGGGGGCGACAUAUCGGCUGCUAUAACACGUUUGUUGAACAAACCCUGA